UUCUGUUUUCAUAUUCUGUGGUUAGGUUAGGUUCAUGUUCUGUGGUAGCUGGUAAUGUUGUAUGGCGGAUGCCUGUAGUAUUCUGUUUUCACUUUUCAUACUUUCAUAGUCUUCGGUUCACGUUUUCAAUUUCAUCGAAGUCUCAAGCGAAGUUAAUGAAAGUACAAAAACGUCAGUGUAAAAAAUCUAAUUUUAAUUUCUACUAAAUUAGUGGACGCUGGUGCAGUUUUGGUUAAAAAAUAUUUGUCGAGCCAGCUGAGUUGAAGAAAUCAAUCAAGAUGCCACCAAGUACAAGUAUCAAAGGAUUUGAUCCAGAAACAUGGGCUUUAGUAUUGUAUCAAAUGCAUAAAGCUGACGUUAGCAGGAAAGACGACAUUAUUAUUAUGGUCGCAGCGCAUAUUGAAAGAGGGAACACUGUUUCAAAAAUGAAUAAAAAUUCUUUACCUUCUUUCGCUAGUACUAUAGAACGAUUGAUCGCAGUUUAUAACUUGGUUGAUAAAGAUGGAUCAAAUCCAAUGGCUCUUACUUUAUCUAGAGUGGCAGAGUGUUUUCCCAAAUUAGCAUGUUCUUAUUGUAUGUCAGGAGCAAAGAACUUAACAGUUUCAAUUGAUGAAAUGCAUUCUGUUUGUAAGGGGUAUCCAAAAUAUAUGAUGUGUCAAGCUUUUACUGCGUUAAUACCAAAAGAAGAAGAAUAUACACAGACAUUAUUAAAAGCCCAUGCGCUAUUCUUAUACCAUUUUUCUUUAAAAAUUACAAGCUACUCAAUGAAAAAGAAAUCAAUUGAGAAAACGGUUCAAGAUGCGUGGAAAUAUAUGAAAAUAGUGCAUAAACGCUCAUAUAUGAAGGACUGUCAGAAAAAAGAUGUUUUAGCAGAAGUAAAGAUAUUGGGAAUAAAUGGAUUACAAGAUAGUGUAAUUAAAGCAGCUGAAAUCUUUGACAAAAAGUAUCAAAAAUAUCUCAAAAACGACCACAAUUCAGAAUAAUAUGAAACUUUUUAAAAGUUGGUGCUUUUAGAAUUAGGAAAGUUGAAUUUUUUUAUACAUGAUUAUAAUCAUACAUUUAUAUUUUAUUUAGUUUAAUAUUAUUUUGUUCUUAAAAGAGUGAUUUACUUGAAAGUUGUUAUGUGGCAUGAAAAGAAAAGUAAAAUAGUAGAGACUGUCUUGCUGAAUAUUGGUCAAUAAAAUCUAUUACUAUUAUAA